CGUUGUACACGUCAUCGUGUUUUUGCGGAAGUACCGAAUCGACCGUGCUGCUCUACUAUUUUGUACAUAAGGCGCUUAGUGUCUUUGUGUACGUAGUUUAGAUUAAAUUGUCGAUUUGCGUUUCUGUUCUAAAUUUCCCAUCCUAAAACGCUUAUUGAAUGGCAGCUCUUAAGUACGCUGGCAUGGACGAUACUGACAGUGAGGACGAGUUACCUCCUGGAUGGGAGGAAAGAUCAACGAAAGAUGGAUGGGUCUACUAUGCAAACCACGACGAGAUGAGAACACAAUGGGAACACCCUAAGACUGGAAAGAAGAAACGUUGUGCUGGAGAUUUGCCAUAUGGCUGGGAGCAAAACACCAAUGAGCACGGUCAAACAGUUUAUGUCGAUCACAUCAAUAAGCGGAGCACUUACUUUGACCCCCGCCAAGUGUUUACUGUGGAGGAUGUGAUUGUGAAGCCAAAACGCUAUGAUGGUAACUCUGCAGCUCUGGAGAUCCUUCAAGGUCGGGAUCUCUCGGACAAGGUGGUCCUGAUUACCGGCGGCAACUCUGGCAUUGGCUUUGAGACGGCCAGGUCUUUUGCGCUGCAUGGCGCCCAUGUUAUCCUGGCCUGCCGAAACCUGUCCCGGGCCAACAAGGCUGUCAGCAGCAUACAAGAGGAUUGGCAAAAAGCCCGUGUGGAAGCCAUGAUGUGCGACCUGGCCUCUCUCCGCAGUGUCAGGGAGUUCGCAGACACCUUCAAAGCCAAAAAACUGCCUCUGCACAUUUUGGUGUGCAACGCGGCAGUGUGCACUCAGCCGUGGAGUUUGACCGAGGAUGGCCUGGAGUCCACUUUUCAGGUCUGCCAUUUGGGUCACUUCCUGCUGGUCCAGUGUCUGCAGGAGGUGUUGUGUCGCUCUGCGCCAGCCCGUGUUGUGGUGGUGUCAUCCGAGUCCCACAGGUUCACCGACUUGUUAGACUCGUGCGGUAAGGUGGAUCUGGCGAGGUUGUCGCCCCCGCGGAAGGAGUACUGGUCCAUGUUGGCCUACAACCGCGCCAAGCUGUGCAACAUCCUGUUCAGCAACGAGCUGCACCGCCGCCUCUCGCCACACGGGGUGUCGUCCAACGCGGUGCACCCCGGCAACAUGAUGUACACGGCCAUUCACAGGACCUGGUGGCUUAUGACCUUCCUCUUCACCCUGGCCAGACCGUUCACCAAGUCGCUGCAACAAGGUGCCGCCACCAGCGUGUACUGCGCCGUGGCUCCCGAGCUGGAGGGGCUGGGGGGAAUGUACUUCAACAACUGCUUCCGCUGCGAGCCCUCCGCCCAGGCCCAGGACCCGGAUGCUGCCGCCGGCCUGUGGGAGCUGAGCGAGCGCCUAGUGGCACAGGGCGAGACCAUGGGCCAGAUCCGGGCCAUUUGAGGAUUAAGGAGUCACGGUCAUCAUUGUCUCCCCCGCCAAAAACAAAAAGGGAAAAAAAUGGGGAAGCCUCAUUGACUGCGUUGUUGGGUAUAGCUGCCAAAAGCACGACCAUGUGGAUGGACACGCCAAAAUGCAAGAAGAGGGGAUAAUGAUGUCACAUGUACUAGGUGGGGAAAAUGGGAACAAUUUACACUUGGGUUCUGCUCUUUUAUUCUUGAUUUUCAUCCUUGUUAAAAACACUUUUCUUUGAAAGUAAAUGUUGAGCAAUAGACAUUC